AUGGCACCUAUUGCUGAAGAGGAGGAGUAUGGCGAGGAGACUGUUGAGGUGGGUGCAGAAGAUAAAGAUUCCGGAACAGAUGGAGAGGAAGAUGAUGAGGACAGCAAGGACAAUGAUGAGGACAAUAAUGUUGAUCAAGAUGAUACAAACCAAUCCAAAGUGGAAAUCAAUUCUUCAUUUAUUGAUCAGAUUUUGAAGGAGGAGUUUGAUAAGCAUGUUGCUAAAAAAUCAAGAGCACGACAAACCGAAAAGAGUCGGUCAGGUCACUUCAAGGAGAUAGUUUUUGAUGCAAACAACUGGAGUGCAAUCAAAGAACUUAAUGACGAGCUUGAGAUAUUUGCGGUUAUGACCAAGGAAAUGGAAGGUGAUGGAUCAACCGGUGCUUUGGUAUUGCCAAAGUAUCACAUUUAA